GUCACUUCCGUGCCAGGCUUCCGCGUGGUGGGCAGUGUGGACGUCCCAGCACUGCGUUCUGCCCGGAUAUUUACUUAGCACCGACUCUGCGCAAGUUGGGGGGGGGGGUGGGCAGCAGACGAACCCUGCCCCUGCCUUGAAGAAGCAGAGAGACAGACCUGUCACCAGUGACAGGGAGUCAGGAUCAGGGCCAGUAUGGAGGCACACAUGCAGCUCUGGGGGCCCUGGGGGAUGCGCCCGACUCAGUGACUGGGGUCCAUAAAGUCUUUGAGGGAAGACGUUUAACAUGCACGUCAAACUUGACAUGUCCAAAUGGAAUUCCUGGUCUUCUCCCCUCAAAAAAUGGCCCCACCAUCCCCCUAGUGCUCAGGCCAGAACCUCAAAGUUACCCUUCAUCACUUUCUCUCGUCAUUGCCCCAGUCAAUCUGCCCGGCUUGACCCUAGGAGGCAGAGGUUGCAAUGAGCCAAAAUUGUGCCACUGCAUUUUAGCCUGGGUGACAGAGUGAGACUCCAUUUCAAAAAAUUUAAAACUUAAAAUAUUUUUUAAAGAAUGGAAAGAGAUGGGUGCUAGGCAGGACCUGAAAACAUGAAAAGGCCUCCCCAGAAGAGAAUUGAGCAGAAAAUCCAGGAGCACAGAGGAGGAGUGAGUCAAAAACAGGGGGAGGAAAUAUUCCAAGGGGUGCUGCAGCCAUCUGGGAGAGAGACAGACCUGACUAGGGUGCUGUCAUGGAGAUGGUCAGAAGGGUUUCGCUGUUUUUAAGCCAUAUUCAAAUAGGAUUUGCUAUUUCAUUUAAGUACCUGGAGUUUGAAAAGGUCCGGAGUUGGCAUUGCAGUUUGGUGCCACUCACUGGGAGCAUGCCAAGUGUAUGGAGAGAAAGAGCAGUCCAGUUUCCUGAACCCCAAAGCUUCUGGCCUGAGCAGCUGGAUGGAUGGAGCUGCCUUGUGCUCCAGGAGAAGCCCGUUGGGUUAGAGGAAUCAGGAAUUUGGGUUUGGAGAUGCCUAUUAGACAUCUGCGUGGCACUGGCCUCUGCCCUCAGAGAAGUUAGAAACAGUAAAUAUAGUCACAUAAAAUAAUUCCACACAUUGUGGUAAGUCCUAGAAGCAAUGUGACCUGCCUGCUCUGAAUGGCAAGGAGACAAAGGCAUUCGUCCAGGCUGGAGGUGAUGGUGGCUUGGGGAAGGGAACUGAGCCUAGGGAGUUUUUGUGGGUUCACCAGGCAGACAGGACCAAGAUUUGACUGGAGGUUUGGAGUCUUGGAGUUUGGGUGGAGAAGGAUGAGGUAGGAAAGAAAACGGAUAGAAGUCAGAGAUGGGCUGAUCCAUGUCUUGAUGAGGCCACAUUAACUUGUGGGGGAUUCUGAUACCAGAGCAGGUUUGAGUUCUAUCUUGGAGGCCCACAUAUUCUUUCAUCCCCAAAACAGGUGCAACCCCAUCUGGUCUUCCGAGGUGUGAUCCAGGCUACCUGCGUGUUCCCUGGAGAAGGAGAAGCCGACGCCUCCCGCAAUGCCCGCCCCACCGUGUACCUCUUGUCACGCGGCACGCGCUGCCCUCCGCCGUCCGCGCUCCGGCCAAGCGCUGUGCGGUGCCUGCUUCUGCUCAGCCUUUGAGGCCGAGGUGCUGCACACGGUGCUCGCGGGCCGCCUGCUGCCGCCUGGUGCAGCGGUGGCUGUGGGCGCCUCGGGCGGCAAGGACUCCACCGUGCUGGCGCACGUGCUGCGCGGGCUGGCGCCGCGCCUGGGCAUCUCACUGCAGCUCGUGGCCGUCGACGAGGGCAUCGGCGGCUACCGGGACGCGGCGCUGGCGGCCGUGCGGCGCCAGGCGGCGCGCUGGGAACUGCCGCUCACCGUCGUAGCCUACGAAGACCUCUUCGGGGGCUGGACAAUGGAUGCGGUGGCCCGCAGCACAGCUGGCUCCGGCCGCAGCCGCUCCUGCUGCACCUUCUGUGGGGUGCUGCGUCGCCGGGCGCUGGAGGAAGGGGCACGCCGCGUGGGAGCCACGCACAUCGUGACGGGUCACAACGCAGACGACAUGGCGGAGACCGUGCUCAUGAACUUCCUGCGGGGCGACGCGGGGCGGCUGGCCCGGGGCGGGGGCCUGGGCUCCCCGGGCGAGGGGGGCGCCCUGCCGCGCUGCCGCCCGCUGCAGUUCGCGUCGCAGAAGGAGGUGGUGCUGUACGCGCACUUCCGCCGCCUGGACUACUUCUCCGAGGAGUGCGUCUACGCGCCCGAGGCCUUCCGCGGCCACGCCCGGGACCUGCUCAAGCGCCUGGAGGCGGCGCGGCCGUCGGCGGUGCUGGACCUCGUGCACUCCGCCGAGCGCCUGGCGCUGGCCGCGUCCGCUCGGCCCCCGCGCCCCGGCGCCUGCUCCCGCUGCGGGGCUCUGGCCAGCCGCGCGCUCUGCCAGGCCUGCGCGCUCCUGGACGGCCUGAACCGCGGCCGGCCCCGCCUGGCCAUCGGCAAGGGCCGCCGGGGGCUGGACGAGCAGGCGACGCCGGGGACGCCCGGGGAUCCGGCCCAGACCCCCACCCCCAAGGCCGUCCCCACCUUCUAGCGACUCCGGACCUCCCGCCGGGAUCUGACGCCCCCCGGGGUGGGGACUGCCUGUAAAUGACUCUGUGAAUAAACCCCCGUUACCUUG